AACUGUUCACUGUCCGGCUAGCAGCCGUUGAGCUAGCUGCCCUCGAACUGCCGAGCAAACACCUCCGUUUAACUUCACUUUUUCGUCCCGACUGUAUUUAUUUUUUCCCUGUACCGCAAGGAUACAGAGCGUGGCUUCUUUCCGCUUGUUUUGCUUCAAUAAAAUGGUCGUUUUGACAAAUAACAAUGAAGAACAGGAUUAUAUCCUGAUAGAGGAGCGUAAAUGCACCUCCCUGCCCAACUCUCCAGCCAAGCGAGUGUCUCCCACCAAAAAGAAGCAGUUCUUCAUCAACCAAGCUAUCCGCAACUCUGACCUCACUCCUCGAGCCAAAGGCAAGAAGAGCCUCCGCCGGCAGGAGAACUCACGCUUUCUCGCCAAUCUUCUUGAGAGGGAUGAGUGCUCCAAAGAUGAUCUGGAAGUUUGCAGUAACCCGGCGAUCCCAUCGAUCUUCACCGAAGCCUGUACCAAUGGAAACUACGUAGAGCCAUGGAAUGAUUUCAUGAAUUGCUCUGGUGAGGAGCAGGAGAGGCUGCUGUCUCUGCUGGAGCAGGAGGAGGCCAAGAAGAAAAACACCAAUCGGCCCCUCAAAGACGAGAGGAAUGUAAAUCCUGCCUUCACUCCUCAGGACUGCUUCCAGAGAAUCGAUCGCAGGCUGCGAGCGACUCUCAAACGGAAACAAAUCCCCAUGGGAACUCUGGAAGUACUUGAGGAAAACCUUCUGAGCUUCUUCAUGGCUCAACCUCGCUCAGUUUACACAACCAACCUCGCCAGCAGCUUUGAGAGGCUGCUGCUUCACGCCGUCUGCCAGUAUAUGGACCUCGUCUCUGCAAGCACCGACUACAACGGGUCGCGUCAGACUGAAGUGGUGAAUAAACAAGAGGAGUUUCUGCCUCCUAUACUUCUGCUGUCUGCCCACUUGGAGCAGAUGAGCUGAGAUCAGGACCACGCCAUGUUUCCUUGUUUCCUCCGCACUGCUCUGCUGCAGGCAGGAGCUCUGGGAUAUGUAGAUAAGGUGCGCCGUCUGUAUGUGAUGUCUGUGUAAUGUCGGCAAAGCUCAGAAAACUUUUUUUGUCUUCUUGGUCUCUGGUUUCUUCGGGGAAUUUUCCAUUAAUAUAGCCAUAAACAUGUCAGAGUUCAUCAGUAUGUAAACAGGGGCGUACAUGCUAAAUGUUACAUGGUAAACAUUAGAAUUUAGGCAUGUUAGUACGCUGCGGUUAGCCUUUAGCUCAAAGCACAGCUAAACCCGAGUUAAUGAGGUUGACACACACAGCUGAGGUUGAGUAGUACAACUGCCUUCACUGUGCAGAGAACAACUCUUCUGCUUUAGGUAGCAUGACCUCUCUUGCACCAUCCUCAGGCCAAAUUUUACAUAUUUUGCCCGGCUAGUAAAGAUCUAACAGUUUGGUUUCCUGGUGUAUAUUAAGAAGUACAGCAUCAUGAAGCUGUGUGGGCUGAAUUUACUGCUGUUUCCAUACUGCAUUGGGGGUGAUAUGAAUUCCCUUCCCCAACUUUUAAGUGUACUCAUUCAUAUCUAAUAUAAUGGGGAUUACUGAUUCUUAACUUUGGGAGUAUCAAGUUAUCUUAUGACCUAAUUUGUGAUGUGGAAUUAAUUAUGAUGAAUUCACGAUGCAAGCAAGUUACAUUUCAUACUGUAAAAUGAAAAGAUAUGGCAACCAUUGUCAUCAGCAUUGUGACAGCGUUAUGGCACAAUUAAUUUAUGAGCUGUAAUCCAUGAUUCUUGCUGUCUCUUUCGUGGUGCAAAUCAUAGAAUUGAACAAAUUUCUGAAGUUACAACAGUCAUUUCAAUGUAACAAGGUGUUUCUCACUUAUUAUGAGUUGUUAUAUCCUGAUGAAUUCUUCUAUUCCUAAAUGCAUCAUGUCAUAUCUCACAGUAUAGCCAACUCCUGAACAUUGCUCCACCAUGAUCUGAUUCACAACAACACGUGAAUUUGGAGGUUGGAGUGUUUCCGUGGUAGCGGCAACAUUCCCACCCCCAACUGAUUGUUGAAAACUAGACUAAAAUUCUUAUUUAUUCCAAUAUAGCACAAAUUCAUAAGCAAAGGAUAAUGUACAGCGAGCAAGUAAUUGAUUGACUCUGGGGUCCUGCAUCACCCCGUCAGGGUUUAUUUCACAAUAAUGACCCACUCGCUGUACAUUAUCCUGCUUGUUACAGGGCUGCUUACUGAAAAAAUUAAAAAAUAUAGAACGUUGUGACUGACCAAUGAGAAGGGAGAAUUCAACAAAGCUGAAUAAAGAAAUGAUAUCAACCUAAAAAAUAAUGGAAAAUGUACUUGCGAGGACUCUUGUGUCGCUCAUGAUGAAUGACAUGUUGCAAAGGUGCUAAGACUACAGAGGCAUGCAUCAGGAAACACAUCACUGCCUGAAUGAUUAGCCUGUAGAAUCUGUGUAAGCGUCGAGGUGUGAAGCAUGAAUAUUAAUAAUCUCUCUGAAUGAUAUGCACAGACACAUCACUCAUCACUGUAGGUAAAGAAACACAAAGGUGUGAACAAACAGCUUCUGUUAUGCUCGGGUAGUCUUUGAUCACAUUCUCUGUAUCGUGUGUGAGAAGAAAACUCCCUCUGUAGGUGCAGUUUCUUUCUGUGUAUCUUCCUCUCUAGUGUCAUCAGCUUGUCUACACCAGCAUCAUCUGAAGGACACGCUCAUAUUGUAAACAAACUGUGUAGAUGGAGAAAGGACUGAGUCUUCUUUCACUUGUAAGUUUAAAAGUGCAUGAUUGUAUGGCAGCACUGUGACUGAACAGAUCCAGUGUGGUGUAGACGAGGUGUACGUGUUAUAUUAGUCAUAGUUAAUAAUCAAAGACAAGUUAAGGAACUGUACUAUAGUUAAGAACUGCUAAUAUGCCUGUACUUUAAGAUUUAUUCAUGGAUUACUUGCUACAUGCACAACUUCAAUGUCAAAAGCCUCUUUUUUACACGUGUAUGUAAUCUGGUAUGAAGGUAUACUGUAUGUGCAAUAGAUGUGUUACAUUGGUAAAAAAAAAAAAACACAUUCAAGGUGUUUUGGUGGUAAAAACCUGCUGAGCUCUGACUCUCAGAUGUGUUUCAUCUCAAUAUGACAUACGGAAAAGCACUUCUGCCUUAUGAAUACAGGUUUCUAUGUUUUUCUUUUCUGUACAUAUAUUUCUACAUUUGUACUUGACUGGAAUUUUGGAAACAAAAAGAAAAUCUUAGCCCCAAUUUUCUUUCUACGCUGUCGUCGGCAGUAAAAACAAAACUUGACCUGUUGGUGCAUUUUGUCAACAACCAAAGUUUGUGUGUCUGUUUGUGUGGAAAUCCAAUUUCUCAGGCUCUCGACUUUUCGCUCUGAAUGUCAUGUAGUUUAUCGCACAUGGUGUCGUUUUCUGUGUACUCUAUACUUUCUUCGAGAGGAACUUGUUUUGAUCGUGUUCACGCCCAGCACUGCAGGGCGCUGCCAACUUUUUAAACACACAUCGAAGUAGUUGUGCUGUAAAAUAUGAACUCAGAUGAUUGACUUGUGCCAACAUUUGGAUUUAGGAGCCUGAGAUAGUCUGAAAGCUUUAUACACUAGACUAAAACAUCUUUGUGUAUUUAAUAUGUGUGUACUGCAGUACCUAUUUAUAAUUAUCACUGCAUCCAUUAAAAGAUUUAAGAUAUUUCUUCUCA